CUGCCAAAGUAUUCAUUGCCCAUAGCAUACAACAUACCAAAAACCACAGGCCGCUUCUCACCACCGAAGCUAGUGAUAGCAGUUGGCAACACGCCAACAUAGCACUGAAAUGCCCCAAAACCGCAGGCUGCUUCUGACCAGGACGAAACCAGUUAGCAGUUGGCAACAUGGCACUGAAAUAUCCAUGAAAAACCAUCUGCUAAGUAGCCUACUUAAACAGCAAACACCAGCUUCACACUCCCUCAGAGCCAAACCAGAACACAACUUUGCCACAUCCACAUCCUGAGAAACAACAUGAGUGUAGAAAUCCUUGAUGGCAAGACCGUCCAGAGCUUCGUCGAGGACGAAGGCGCCUUCCACUCAUCCGUGGACAGCCGGUUUGCGGCCCUCGACACCAACCAUGAUGGCCUGCUGUCGUACUCCGAGAUGGCCCAGGAGCUCAUGAGCCUCAGGGUUCUUGAGAAGCACUUUGGCGUUGAUGAGUCCGCCAUGAGCCGUGGUGAGCUUGUCGAGCUUUACCGUGGCCUGUUUGCGAGGUUCGACCGAGACGGCAAUGGCACGGUGGACCUUGAGGAGUUCCGGGCUGAGAUGAAGGAGGUGAUGCUCGCUGUGGCUAACGGGCUCGGCUUCCUGCCGGUGCAGAUGGUGGUCGAAGAAGGCAGCUUUUUGAAGGUGGCUGUGGACCGGGAGCUGGCCAAAGCAACUUGAAGAAACUGCUUGGAACGACUUUCCAGAAUCAGGAGGCUGCAUGUUCACGAAUUGUAACUUUUAUUCUGCCAAUUUUGUUGUGCUACAACUACACCGGUGCUAGUUAUUUGUACUUAAUAAGUGAAACAGAAGCCACAACAUCAGUUUAAUUUACAAAGUGACAAGCUAUUUAUGUAAAGGGAAAUGUUGUAAA